AUGGCGCUGCCCUUGGAUAAGCUCGGGGGCAUGCUCAUCAAGGCACUGACCAAGCCGCUUGUGGGCGAAUUAAAGACCCUGUCGAAAUCAUAUCCGUGGAUGCAGCGGACAUGCGAACGAGUUGGUCAGCGCGUCAAUCGGUGGAGCCUCGAGGCCCUGCUCGCCGUGAAGCUAGGCUCGAAUGCGUCCAUCACGGUCAAGGAAAUGCCUGCAGACCAAGCGUUCAAAAAGGGCGCUGAGGUGCUCGGGGAGGCCUUUAUAUUCCUCGUAGCUGUGGGGGUAAUGACUGCUGAAUACACAAGGUCGUCAGUAAAGGCAGCACAGAAGGACAAAGCUGAUGUCGAAAGAAGUUUCGAAGAGUUUCUUGAAGUGGAAGCUCGGUUUCGACUGCUCGAGAAGUCGAUGCGCCGUUUGGAGCGUACCCAAGCUGACCUCCACACCGCCCUGGAUAAUCUCCCGUGGGAAUCUCUCAAUCAAAAAUGA